UUUAUUUUUAUUUUUAAAGAAGGGCAAACGUAGGUUUAAGGAGGGUUUUGGAGGCGGCUUACACACCGUUGCUGCUCCUUCCCUACUUUGUUCAGAUCUUUCGCUCUUCAGUAUCACUUGUAUUCUUCUUCCUCUCGCUGCCUCCAACUUUUCCUCUAAUUCCCAUUUAUUCAAAACUUUCCUGGAAAAUUCUCAACUGUUAUUGCUAUCCCUAUUUGUUUUUGAAUGACCAGUUUCACUUCUUCACCUCUGCAUUUUUCUGCUUCGCCUCUGCACUUCUUCCUGUUUGGACUGAUAAAUUAAUCAUAAAUUUGAUUCAAAAAUAUGUGGAGGAACUUAACCAAACAGGCUGCUUCGAGGAAGAUCAUCAACUUCUCCUACGAGUCUCAAAUUUCAUCUUGGUUUUCUAGCACUGCGAAAUUUUCCAAAGACUCAACAUUUCUUGAAAAGGUUAGGCCUUUUAGUGGCAAUUCUCGAUUUACAGUACUGGGCUUUUCUCCAAAUGGUCCAAUAUCUUCCCAAAUAGAAAAUUUGAGAAAACCCAGUUUACUGAAUUCAGGUAAACCUUUUGGAGUUUCUGGGUUCUGUAAUGGUGUAAAAGGUUAUGCUAGUGUUGCCGAGGCAAUUGUUUCGACGGAUGCCGAGGAGGAAUCCUCUGGUUUAGAUGAAAACCACCACCAGGAUUUAUUGGAUGAGAUAGAGAGACAAAAUAAGGUGGAUUCCUAUCUUAAAAAGCCUAAGAGAAUGGUGGCCGGGGUGGGGAUAUCAAAGUACAAUUCGCUUAGGAAGAAGCAGAUAGAGAUUGAGACAGAGGCUUGGCAAGAAGCAGCCAAAGAAUACCGAGAGCUUUUAAUGGAUAUGUGUGAGCAGAAACUUGCACCCAAUUUGCCUUAUGUGAAGUCGUUGUUCCUUGGUUGGUUUGAACCUUUGCGGAACGCAAUUGCUGCCGAUCAGAAGAUGUGCAACGAAAGGAAGAAUAAACCAUCUUAUGCUCCAUAUUUGGAUCACUUACCCGCGGAUAUGAUGGCAGUUAUUACAAUGCAUAAGUUGAUGGGGUUGUUGAUGACAAAUAGUGGAGGAAUUGGGAAUGUCAGGGUAGUCCAAGCCGCUUGCCAGAUAGGUGAAGCCCUUGAACAUGAGGUUAGGAUACACAGAUUUUUAGAGAAGACAAAGAAGAACACAAUUGAUAACAAACCUAAGGGUGAAUCUGCUUGUGUUACAAAUGAACAAGAGAAACAGAUCAAAGAUCAACAGAAGCUAAGAAAGAAGGUUACUCAGUUAAUAAAGAAGCAGAAGGUGAAGCAAGUAAGGGGAAUAGUGAAGGAACAGGAUGACUCAAAGCCAUGGGGUCAGGAAGCCCACGUUAAGAUUGGAAGUCGAUUGAUGCAAUUGUUAAUGGAAACAGCCUAUAUACAACCUCCAGUUGAUCAAUUAGGAGAUGGUCCACCUGAUUUACGCCCUGCAUUUGUACACACACUUAAAACUGUAGAAACACCGAAGGGCAGCAGGAGAUAUGGAGUUAUUGAAUGUGAUCCACUUGUUCGCAAAGGACUCGAGAAAACAGCUAGGCACAUGGUCAUUCCUUAUAUGCCAAUGUUGGUGCCUCCUAUUAACUGGACCGGGUAUGACAAAGGAGCAUAUCUGUUCUUACCAUCCUAUGUUAUGCGAACACAUGGAGCAAGGCAACAACGUGAAGCAGUUAAAAGGACUCCUAAGAAGCAGUUAGAUCCUAUUUUUGAGGCCCUGGAUACACUUGGAAAUACCAAAUGGAGGAUAAACAAAAGAGUACUUGGUGUGAUAGACAGGAUAUGGGCUGGUGGAGGCCGAACUGCUGACUUGGUGGACCGUGACGAUGUUCCCCUGCCAGAAGAACCAGAUACAGAAGAUGAAGCAGAAAUUCGCAAAUGGAAAUGGAAACUUAAAGAUGCAAAAAAGGAGAAUAAUGAGAGGAAUUCACAGCGUUGUGAUAUUGAACUUAAACUUGCUGUUGCUCGAAAGAUGAAGGAUGAGGAAGGCUUCUAUUACCCACAUAACCUUGAUUUCAGAGGUCGUGCUUACCCCAUGCAUCCAUAUUUGAAUCAUCUUGGAUCUGAUCUGUGCAGAGGAAUUCUUGAGUUUGCAGAGGGUCGCCCUCUGGGAAAGUCUGGUUUACGCUGGUUGAAGAUACAUUUGGCAAAUUUGUAUGGUGGUGGUGUGGACAAAGCUUCUUACGAUCAUCGAGUAGACUUUACCGAAAAGCAUCUGGAUGAUAUAUUUGAUUCAGCAGAUAGGCCACUGGAAGGAGGAAGAUGGUGGACGCAUGCAGAGGAUCCUUUUCAGUGCUUGGCAGCAUGUAUUAAUCUUUCAGAAGCAUUAAGAAGCCCCUCUCCAGAGACUACUAUUUCACAUAUGCCAGUUCACCAGGAUGGUUCGUGUAAUGGAUUACAACACUAUGCGGCCCUUGGAAGGGACACGACGGGAGCAGCUGCAGUAAAUCUUGUUGGAGGAGGGGAACCAGCAGAUGUUUACUCAGAAAUUGCUAACCGGGUUAAGGAAAUCAUGCAAAACGAUGCAGAGAAAGAUCCUGCUACUAAUCCAAAUGCCCUGCAUGCUAGGCUUUUAAUCAAUCAGGUAGACCGUAAAUUGGUAAAGCAGACAGUAAUGACAUCUGUAUAUGGCGUUACCUAUAUUGGUGCACGUGAUCAAAUCAAAAGGAGAUUAAAAGAGCGUAAUUCUAUAGAAGAUGAUGCAGCAAUGUUUGCUGCAUCUUGCUAUGCAGCAAGAACUACCUUGGCUGCCCUAGAACAGAUGUUUACAAAUGCAAGAGAUAUUAUGAAAUGGCUUGGUGACUGUGCGAAGGUGAUAGCAUCAGAAAAUCAGCCAGUGCAGUGGACAACUCCUCUUGGCCUUCCUGUUGUACAGCCAUAUCGGCAAUUAGGCAGGCAUCUUAUUAAGACUUCCCUUCAGGUGUUAACUCUACAACGAGAAACUGACAAGAUAAUGGUUAAGCGGCAGAAGACGGCAUUUCCUCCCAAUUUUGUUCACUCCCUUGAUGGUUCACAUAUGAUGAUGACUGCUGUUGCCUGCAAAAAAGCUGGGUUGAACUUUGCAGGAGUCCAUGAUUCGUAUUGGACACAUGCAUGCGAUGUUGACAAAAUGAAUAGGAUACUGAGAGAGAAAUUUGUUGAACUCUACGAGGCACCAAUAUUGGAGAAUUUAUUGGAGAGCUUUGAGAAGACUUUCCCCACGUUAAAAUUUCCUGCCUUACCAGGUCGGGGAGAUUUUGAUCUGAGAGAGGUUCUGGAAUCUCCCUAUUUCUUCAACUAGUCCAAGCAAGAUGCUUCCUAAGAAGUGCCCUUCUUUUACCUGACAUAGCUCCUUCAGGCAUUCAAUUGCAAGAUGAUGCAAAUUUAUUCAAUUUCAUUCAUGGGUAUGAGAUUGUAGAGGCUAGUUUCCUACAUCCCAUCGAAGAGAAAGGUUUCAAAGAAAAGACACUUGAUGACUGGUUGCUGCUACCCAGAUUCUUGUUCGGUUCUUUGUAUAUAUGUCAAGAAUGCCAUGCUCAGCAGCAACACCUUUUCCAUGGCUGCCGGCAGCAGAGAUGGUGAUGGUUCUGCACUCUGCAUUUUAAAAGGAUUGCAGGAAACAAAUAAGAUGGUGCUACAAGCAGCACUCAUCAAAGGAGCAGACAAGCUCUGUGUGUAAAUUACAGGAACUGAAGAUUUUACAGUUGCAGAAACACCGGUUCAAUGAAGCGAUCACGGACGCCCAAAGGAUCAAAGCUUUUGUUUCCAUGUGAAGGUUUAAUUUCUUGAGAGAGAUCCAGAGCAACAGAUUUGGGUGGGUUUUGACUGUUUCACGCUUUUUUAAGAAAGCCAAUAUAGUUUAAAAUGAACUUUUUGUUGUAUAUUUAUACCAUUGUUCGUAUAGUAAAUUAAUUUUUUUUU